AUGGGCGAGCUUGUGAGUAUUCUGGGACUUCGGGAAAUAAACACUCCAGCGAACGGCAAUUGUUUGGCGAUAGCUCUUGCUCAAGCGGUGGCUGAGUCUGCCUUGACCGCCCCUACCAAGGACCAGGAGCUUCUCACGGCUUGCAUUAAACGAGGUAUCACGUGUACAGGACUCUUGAACUUGGAAGAUCAGGUCCCUCACGACUUGCGGGUGCAGGCACUUAAGAACGUGGGCCGUGGGUGGGCGUCGAUGACGCGCACAGAGUCGGCUUCUCAAUUCCGCUGGUUUUUGACGGACUUCGCGGCCACCCCAUCGGGGCGAACUUCGCAUGUGCCUACGGACUGUUGGGGGGGCAGUGACACACUCGGCAUGGCAGCCACGUUUUUACAGAGAGACAUCUUUGUCGUUCAACGCGAAGAAGCCACCCCUCAGUGGCGUUGCCGCAAGUAUCACCCCGUUUCGAUGACUGUACGGGGACGGGCGGUGGCUUCUGUAAAAGAGUACCCCCUUUCUAUUAUGGCGUGUAUCGACGAGCUGCAGGCUACCAAAGUCGGGGCGAGUCAGGCUCUACCGUUAGUGUUGCGGUUUGGCGGCAGCCACUACUCGGCAUUUCUCCAUUCAGCGGGGAGUGGCCGAUCCGUUAAACCUUACCGAUACCCAGGACGGGCCGAGUGCGUCGACUCAGGAUCCGGUCCACUCCUUCGGGGACACUAG